ACAACCGCUUCCUCUGGCUACGUUUCUGGAGGGACGGGAAAAGAAACGUUGAAACUUAGAAAUAUAUAUUUAAUUUGGUGUUUAUUGAAAAAUCAAAGUAUAAAGUGGUGUCUUGGAGCGCAGAUAUUUCGGUUCUUAUUACUCUAUUCCGCUUGCUCCGUUGCAUAUUUUCAUAGUUAUCUUCUAUUUGCCGUAGUGAUAGCUGUGCAGUUAAGCCCGCCGUGUUAGCUAGCUAAUUGGCUAGCUAGCGACUAGCCUCUCCUUCACUCUGCCGUGUUGAGUUCAGUUGUUCGAAAAAAAAGGCUUAAUUUAACGAGACCUAAUGGCAGAAUCUGACAAGUUAAACAUCGAUUCAAUUAUACAACGCCUCCUCGAAGUGAAGGGUUCUAGGCCUGGGAAGAACGUCCAGUUGACGGAGAAUGAGAUCCGCGGUCUGUGCCUCAAAUCCCGGGAGAUUUUCCUCAGUCAACCCAUUCUUUUGGAACUCGAGGCACCGCUAAAGAUUUGUGGUGAUGUCCAUGGUCAGUACCACGACCUCCUGAGGUUGUUUGAGUAUGGUGGCUUCCCCCCAGAGAGCAACUACUUGUUCCUGGGCGACUAUGUGGACAGAGGCAAGCAGUCCCUAGAGACCAUCUGUCUGCUGUUGGCCUACAAAGUCAAAUACCCUGAGAAUUUCUUUCUUCUGCGAGGCAAUCAUGAAUGUGCCUCCAUCAACAGGAUAUAUGGUUUUUAUGAUGAAUGCAAGAGGCGGUAUAACAUCAAGCUGUGGAAGACGUUCACCGACUGCUUCAACUGCCUACCUGUCGCUGCCAUUGUUGACGAAAAGAUCUUCUGUUGUCAUGGAGGCCUGUCUCCGGACCUGCAGUCGAUGGAGCAGAUCCGGCGUGUGAUGCGGCCCACGGACGUGCCGGACCAGGGCCUCCUGUGCGACCUGCUGUGGGCCGACCCCGACAAGGACGUGACCGGCUGGGGCGAGAACGACCGCGGCGUCUCCUUCACCUUCGGAGCGGACGUCGUCGCCAAGUUCCUCCACAAGCACGACAUGGAUCUCAUCUGCCGUGCCCACCAGGUGGUGGAGGAUGGCUACGAGUUCUUUGCGAAGCGCCAGCUGGUCACACUGUUCUCUGCCCCCAACUACUGCGGCGAGUUCGACAACGCCGGAGCCAUGAUGAGCGUGGAUGAAACACUCAUGUGCUCCUUCCAGAUUCUGAAGCCAGCCGAUAAGAAGCUGUUCUCCUACAGCGGCGGAGGUGGCUUCGGCUCCGGGCGACCGGUCACCCCGCCCAGGAACUCGGCCAAGGCCGGCAAGGCCAAGAAAUGACCCGCUCCACACUCGUCCUCCUCUCCUGCACUCCUCUGCUCUUCUACCUCUCCUCCUGUCCUUUUACUUCUCCUGUUUUUUUCUCUCUCUCUCCUCCCUCAAUCCUUCACUUCAACCCCCCCCCCCCCCCCCCCCCCCCCCACCUUUAUUUUCCUCUCCCCCUUUUUGUCUUCAUCCUCUUUUCUUGGACACCAAAAUCGCCCCGGUGUUGUAGCGUUAGUCUGUCCCGGUUCUGGCUCAGUGUUGGCCCAGGUCCGGGCCUGAUUGGGCUGCUCCUUGGGUCAGUGCAGUCUCCACGACUUCACCUUUUAGUUCUCUUUGUUCCUUCAGCUGCAUUUUCUUAAUGACUUCAUGAUGUGUGUUUGUCGUCGUGUGUUUGUGUUUGUGUGUGUGUGGGCCUGUACAUUUGCUCACCGAUUGUGUGUGCGAGACCGAAAGAGAGUCGAAUCAGAAAAACCUGGAUGCCUGUUGCAACAGACUCCGAAUUGAUUUGAAUGCCUGAUUUAAUGCGUGUCUGAGUUUGUGUGGGCCCGAGUUACAGUGUGUGUGUGUGUGUAUGUCUGUGUGAAUAAAAACAUUUUUUGCCCCCCAUCCCAUCUCCCUAAAGCUGUUCUUUUCACCCCAGCUCCCCUCCGCCUGCCCUGUAGGGUCCAAUUUAAAAUCUUAAGUGCAGGAAACACCACACCUACCCCCCACCCCCCACCCCCUCUUCCUCCUCCUGCACACCCCAAACUCGAAGGUUAGAAGCACAACAUUGCCGUCAGGCGGAGGGGAUCCCCCCCAACCCCCCACCCCCACCCCCUCCUGGGGGGACCCUGUGUAGGCUAGCCCAGCCUGACUGCUGACCAUUCCCUGCUCUGAAACCAAUCUAAACCCUUGGCACAAACACACAGGGGGCACUCUCACUGCCAGCCACUGUUUCUAAUGUAAAGAACAGAUGUGGUGUUACACUGUGUGUGUCUGUGUGUGUGUGUGUGUCUCUGUCUGUGUGUGUGUGUGUGUGUGUGCACGUUUCUGGCACAUAUGGCAGGGGUUUGUCAGAUUGAGAGAUCCAGUCACGUGAAGGCUGAUGGGUUGGGUCGUGUGUGGUGGUGUUUGGCUAUUUGAGAUCACUGAUAUGGGGAGAGGAUGUCCAGUCGAUGCUGCGUAUUGGACCUGUCACAGUAUACUUCAUUAGUCUACUUCAGCUACCAGACUCGAGUCUAAAAGGUGUCCGUACCCUUCAGGCACUUUUCCUUUGUGGAGCGUAGUAAGAGAUGCCGAUUGCUGAGAAUUUACUUCACCUCCCCAGAAACGGGAAAUGUUUUUUUGUUGUUAUUCUCGUUCUCUCUCUCUCUCUCUCUCUUUCUCUCUCUUUUGGUUUUAUUUUUAAUCUUCAGAAAUGGCAGUGAAGAUAUUUGCCCUUUUGUUUUUGUGUGUGUGCUCUGAGACCAGUUGAUAACUUCAAAAAGCACAACCCUUAAUCUGCAGGAAAAGCCCGUCUGAAGAGGUGUGCGUGUGUGUGUGUGUGCGUGUGUGCGUGCAUAUGCACAUAUGCACCUUUGUGCUUGGUGUUCAGACCGAACGCCAAAACUGUCACACAAUGCAUCUGCCCCCCCUGGUGCAGUGCAGCGUGUGUGUGUGUGUGUGUGUGUGUGUGUGUGUGUGUGUUUGUGUUUGUGUUUGUGUAUUGGAGAGAGAGAGAGAGAGAGAGAGAGAGAAAGAAAGGUGCGCUGGCUUCAUACAGGUCAAGGGGUCCAGCUAGUAGGGCACAAAAGAAACUUUUAUCAGAAACCGAUUUCUAAACGAGUCCAGAGGUAGAGACGACACAUAAUACACAUAAUUUAGGAUUUUCAUGAAAUGGUAGAUUUGUACAGCUUUAAUUACUUGAAGGAGAACUUUUUCUUUUUUUUGUAGUAUUCAUGAAAUCAACCAAUAAAUUCAGAAUCUGAUA